AGCUAUUACAUACUUAUAUAGAAAUUGACAUUGAAGUAUGUUAUUGAUAUAAGUAAAUAAUAACUUGUUUUGUAUAUGAUCUUGGUUAUAAUUUUCAAUAAAUAUCUAACUGUAUUUUAUCUCUUUAUGAAUAAUUACUUCGUUACACAAUGGAAAAUGAAAAUGUAAUUACGCCUACAAUAGAAUGUAUUCCAAAUGAAGUGAUAUUAUUGAUAUUACAAUACAAUAAUCGUAAUGAAAUCGUUUCUUUUGGGAUGACUUGUAAACGUUUCUAUGAAACCAUAAAAAGCAAUCAAUCUUUAUGGAAAAAGGAAUUCAAGAAAACUUUCUCUUCAGACAUGUUUGAAGUUGUCAAUGAACACUGCAAUGGUAAUUGGUUAGAAGAAUUAAAAAGAAUAUGUAUAAUAAAAAAGCAGGUGUAUUCUGAGUUAAUUAGAAUGUCACAUCAAUUUUACUGGCAAGCUAAUGAUGUAACACUGCAAAAUAUCAAGCAUUUUUUUAGUAUUGCAACAAAUAAUAACCUGAGUCUAUACUAUAUUAUUUAUAUAUUACAAGAUUUAAUAAAAAAAGGAAAUAAAACUGUUGAGACGUUUGUAAGCAAAAAACCGUUUACGUUGACAGAAAUGCAUUAUGCAAAAGUUAUUCUUCGUCAUUUGAUUCACGGUUACCUAGCAAUAAAAUUGGCAAAGUCACAUUUGCGCAGAGAGCUGCCUCCUGAAAUUGUGGUGAACUUCUUUUUGCAAUGGAUAGAUCAUGAAAAUUUACACUUAGAUGAAAAUGUCAAUAAUAAACUACAAGUACUAGUGAAUAAAGUAGAAAGCCUAUUGGAAAAUAAAGAUUCAUCGAAAGGCCCAUUCAUGACAAUUCAAGAAAGGUGUGCUAAAGGACUGAUAUCACAAGAAAAAGUGCUGGACGCUAUCACUCAAGUAAUUUAUCGACAAAGACAUAUGGCUGUGACUACAACUGCAAAUUUGCAAACUCUUGACAUAAUUAAGGUAUUAGAAAACAAAAUCGGAAACGCCAUUGUUGUUGGGGCUAUUUACCAUGCAGUUGCUAGAAAAUGUAAUGUGAAAUGUGAACUAGUAGCGUUCCCGAAUCAUUUGUUUCUCGAGUGGCGGCCCAAUUGGGACGAUCCAAAUGCUCCAGCUUACACCAUCGAUCUUAAUAAUGGAGAAUUGAAACCAAAAAGGCGCUGCCCUUUUUCACAAAACAACCAUAGUAAUCGUUACGAAUAUCAUCCAGAUGCGCUACUUCAAUCGAUUUAUUCUUCUUUUCGAAUGAGUAUGGGAUCUAUUGAAGAUUGGAACACUCAAAAUGCUUUACUGCUCCUUGAUCUGCUAGGUAUCAAUCAAAUGGAACAAAAUGCAUACAGGAGUUUUUUCAUAUUCCUUUUUGAUAAUAUGCGUGACCUUGACAUUAAUACACCCCUGAACAUUAAAUAUAUGAGUGAUGUUCAUCUGCAAUUGCUAAUGUUGUUGGCCUCUAGAAGUAUUUCUACUGAGCCAAGCCUUAAAGAAAUUGUCGUAAAACGACAUGAUAGCCGAGUUCAAUAUGCUAUCGGUAUGGUUUGCUACCAUUUAAAACUGAACUAUGUGUGUAUAGUUCGUGGGUGGGACCCAUGUUGCCGAGCCGAAUGGUUGAAUCGAAUGGGAAUGGAGACUAAUUUGAAUUUUGGUAUGGACCAACCUUUCUACUAUGUUGUAGCUGUGGAUCAGUCUAUAAGAUACGUAGCACAAGAAAACCUUAAGGAUGUACAACGUCCAACACGCCUGUAUCAUUUAGAAGACAUUAUAGCUCGAGAAUUUACACAUUUCGAUGGAUUUGCGUAUGUUCCGAAUGAUGAGAAAAGAUAUGAGUAUCCCGAUGAUGAAGCCAUCGCGUCUAUGUACCGGAGUCGCGCUGUAAUUUACGCAAUUACUUUCUAAAAUUACUUUUGUAUAGUUUAAUUAUAUAAAAUAUUUUAAUUAUAUAUAAAUAAUGUAAAAAUAAUAAUUAUAUUUGAAAUUGAAAUCAA